GAAGGGAUCAAAUUCUGUCAUGAGACACAUGGAUUUCAAAAAUUCUCUCGUGACCCUGUUUUAAUUUGUUUUUAGUUUUCAUUAAAAUUGAAAUACAAAACAAGGGGAAAUAGCUAAAAUCCCAAACGAUUUUGAUUUAUUUACAAUUCAUGCCCUUACUAGCUCCACCCAUAAACCCGACCCAUCUAAAACUCGGAUCCUAAAUCCCUAAAUCGUAACAAAACUUCCCCACUUUCUUCAUUUCACGAUCUCUGAACAUUUUGUUCUUCACUCAUCAAUUCCACCAGCGAAAAUGACAUCUAAACUAAGAUUCACCAAGAAAAAGAAAGAAUCCCCACCAAAGAAGAAAAAGAAAUCCUCACCGACAAAAAAGAAGGAGAUUGAACCGGCUAAGAAGGAGAUGACUUUGUCCACGGGAAAGAAGAAACGGGGUAGAUCGUCUUCAGCAGAGGAACACGAAGCAGACGACGGCGGGUCGUCGUCUCAACCCACGAAGCGGCCGCGUCUUACUUCAAACCGUAACCCUAAAAAUCUUCAACCUAAUCCGGCUGCUGCCUCUGCUUCUCCUACUCAACCUGACAAUGAGGAGACACCUAUAGUACCACCAGCCACAUCAGAAGAUCCUCCACCAACGAAGAGACAAAAUCCGUCACACCAACAAGAUCCUCCGGAUGCAUCUAUUUCCCGGUCUUCCACGAAGGGCGGGACACCUUAUUCGGAACAAGGAGACAAUGAGGAAAUGGGAUCGCAUGGUGAGCCUACCAGAUCACGAGAACCUAAUGCUACAGAAGAGCAAAUAAUGGUAAAGGAGAUGGCUGGAGGAGCAAUCAAACCACACAAGUUUUACUUCAAACCAGCUGAAUAUGGGAAACCCUGUAAGCUCUCCUCAAGGUGUCAUCAAACGAAGUUCAUCAAGUUGAUUGACAAUUUUCAUGCAACCGAGAAGAAGUGGUUUUACGCGCACCCACAGUUCAAGCAUAUUAUCCAUAUGGAGUGCUCCUCAAGGAGAAAGGUGAUGGGAUUGUGGAUGUUACUGAUUCACACCAUAAAAGUCGACAAGAAGAGACAGGCUUGGUUUGUGGUAAAUGGGGUUCCCAUUCGUUACUCCAUCAGAGAACAUGGUCUUAUAUCAGGACUAUACUGCCACACAUAUCCAGAAAACUAUGAGAGCAUUGGGAGUUUGAAGUUUGCUAAGAAGUACUUUCAGCAACCACCAAAGAAGAAGGGUGACGAUCCUCCUGAACUAAAAGUGACUGCAGCUGAUGUCCUAAAGAAGCUAAAGAAGAUGAAAUAUGAUGGUAGUCAUGAACGGUUGAGGAUGGCUGUGCUUUAUUUCUUGGCCACAGUCAUUUUUCAAAGAUCAAGGUAUGGAACCCCUAUAGACCAUUUUCUUCUCCGAAUGGUUAAUGAUCUUCGGGUGUGCCACACGUUUCCAUGGGGGCGUUACACUUUUGAUGACUCCUUGAAGGAGAUAAAGCAUAUGGUGAAGCAUUUUCGAGGAAAGAUCCCAACUGUAAAGGCUUCUUGGACAUUUCCUGGGUUUAUCAACCCACUGGAGAUAUUGGCAUUUGAAAGUAUACAAGUGCUGAAGGAAAAUUUUAGAGAAGAUGUUGAAGAAUUUGAUGAUAGCUGUCCAAGAAUGUGCAAGUCGAGAUUCCUAGCGAAUGGGUCGUCAGGAUAUGCGUUGAGCGAGAUAUAUGAGAAGCUCGGAGAAACAAAGGAAAUUUCUAAUAUUUUGAAACCAACUGGAAGCGAGUCAGAUCUAUCAGUUGAGAUCUUUGAUGAUGGGUUAUGGGAUGAUGUUGAGCUGGGAGAUGAUGGGGAUAUAGAUGACCCAAUUGUUGAUGGUUGGAACAAGAUUAUUAUCCAUGACCAAGUAAAAAUUCUUUGGGAGGAUCUGUACAAGAUGGAUGUCAAAACUCGAAAGAUAGAACACGAGCCUGAGAGGAUUUGUGAAGAACUUGAGGGUCCGAGGGUGUGUGAGGAAACUGAGGCAGGAUGUGAGAGUUUGAAAACAAGAGUUGCUCAGUUGGAAGCAAGCAUUAAGGUGAGAGAUGACAUAAUUGGUCAGUUGGAAGCAAGAAUAAAGAGUAUGGAAAAUGACCGCAACCCGAGGGACAGAUUUGGGAACAUGGAAGACUUGUUUGAUCAUGAUCGUUUUGACACUGGUGGAGGCCAAGAAAAUGAUGAUAAUGAUAAAGAUGCCACAAAGGAGGGUGAGACUGAAACCGAGCAAAUGGCAGAAGAUGAUGCUGAUAAGGAGGCCACGAAGGAUGGAGAGAAUGAGCCUGAGAAAGAAAGUAAGGUUGAUGCUGAUAAGGAGGCCACAAAGGAGGGUGAUAAUGAACUCGAGGAGAUGGCAGAAGAUGAUGCUGAUAAGGAGGCCACAGAGGAUGGAGAAAAUGAGCAUGAGAAAGAUAGCCAUGUUGAUGCUGAUAAGGAGGCCACAAAAGAAGGUGAGAAUGAACCCGAGCAGAUGGCAGAAGAUGAUACUGAUAAGGAGGCCACGAAGGAGGUUGAGAAUGACCCUGAGCACGCACUGCAAGAGGAUCUUGAAGUGAUGGUGGCGGCUGCAGAGAAGUUUGAGAAAGAAGUUGUGGAGAAGAAAGCUGCAGAGAAAGAAGUUGUGGAGAAGAAAGCUUGGGAGAAAGAAUCUACGGAUGAAAAGGAUGGAGAUGCUGAAGAAGAUUCACCGAAGAAGACGAAGAGGGUGCCAAAGCCUUCUCGUAUGAAGCAGUCUCCAUAUGUUGAGAAGUAAUCUAUGUGUUUCUUGUAUUUGGAACAUAUAACUUUAUGUUGCUUUUGCCAAACAUAAGACUUGUGUUGCUAUUGUGAAACUUAAGACUUGGUGUUGCUUUUGUGAAACAUAGAACUUGUGUGUUUCUGAUUUAGUAGUGAACUUGUGUUUGUCAUACUGUUGUUGAACUUGUUUGAACUUGACAAAUUAUUGGUAUAACUAAUACUACCGAGUAAACUAUGGCAAAAUUUCUCUAACGGAUACAACUGGUACAACUAUUGUUCUUAAAAUGUGUUGCACAUUUAAAACGUGAUAAUCAGCUAAAACAUAAUAAGGUUAUUAACAAGUAGUCGUACCAGGAUUUUAGUUGUACAAUCCAAUACAUAGUUGUACCAGGUUUUGAGUUGUACAAGUUUGUUCAUAGUUGUAUUUUGGUAGAGAAUUUGAAUUGUGUAGUUGUACCACAGUUAAAAUAUAUAUACCUCAGUUGUACAACCUUUUCAUUCUUUAAUGCAUUGAACCACAUACAAAUUAACAAUUAAUUUUGUUAAAAUAUAUUUUGUGUAUGUUUUCCGAAAAUAUAGUGAACAAACUAGUAAACAAACCUUUAAAGAAUAAGGUAGAUCAUUCAAACUUAUGUGAUUGUGUAAUAAUUGAAUUUUUUUUUGGUAAAACUUCAAAAAAUUAGAAUGGACCACUCUUAGGACACUCCAACUUUUAUAUUCUAUUGUUAUUUAAUUAUUGAAAGCCAAAUGGAGUUUUUAAAUGUCAUAUUUUAAGAAGGUGUACCAGUUGUACCAGUAUUUCCUUCCUCGUGUAUAUAAUGUAGUUGUACUAAUUGUACUAGUAUUACAUCAUAUAGUUAUACUAGUUGUACCAGUACGACAACACAUAAACAUGAUUGUUAUGUUAUAUGAAAUUUUACCAGUUGUACAUGUCGUACCUAACAGAAACAACACAAUACAUAAGUUCCACAACACUUAAAUAAGUUCCACAAUACAUAAAUAAGUUCCAUAACACAUAAGUAAGACUCACAAUAUAUAAGCAAGUUCCAUAACACAUAAGUUAGAGUCAUUCAUCAUUUCCUUCGUUGUCACUUCUCUCGUCACCACUUCCUUCGCUGUCACUUCCCUCAUUGCUGCUUUCUUCGUAAUCGAUGUCAUCGUUGUCGUUGUCAUCUUUGUCACUACUGUCACCAAGCCACUCCGAGAAUGGUGCAUACUUUUUCUUUCUCUUCCUUCGAUAUUCUCCCGCAGAUGGGAAUCUAGUAGUUUGUAAUCUUCCUUUUUUUUCUCCACAUACGGCGGGAACACAACCUGAGAUUGUAUUUCCUCAGGAACUUGCCAGGAUGAAUGAUGAGGCACUGGAUAUAUUGUCCUACAAUAUGCCAAUGUCCACUGCUCCAUCCAAUAAUACUUAGAACAAUAAUUUUCAACCAACUGCUCUAGCGUAUCAUCUGUUGUAGUUCUGCAAUACUUCAUGAUCGCAGCAAGCGAAUGCACACAAGGAUACCGGUCAAUUUCAAAAUGCCGACAGUCACAUGUUUUGUUGAUCAAAUCAACCAAAUAACCUUUCCCAUCCGUACCAGUAACAUUGUACUGACGUUCAAAUGUGUUUAGCACCUCCACGUGAAGUGUUCUUGCAAUCGGACAGUUCUCAUGCAAUUCAACAUGCACACGUGGGACAAGUAGCUGCCUCUGUGGAACCACUAUAGAAAUUUGUCGGUAUCUAUUAAACCAUUCUAUAAUCUUCCCCACGGUCUCAUCAAUCAUUGGCAGCAGUGCAUAAUUCCUUUGUUCCUUGAAAACACCAUUCAUAGAUUCAGCAGUGUUGGUUGUAUCUAUGUUGUACCUUGCUCCUGGAAAUUGACAUCUUGCCCAUUUUCUCUCAUGUACACUCUCAUCCAGAUACUCAGCGGCCUGAGGAUACCUUCUUCUCAAAUCAAUAUAUUUUCUUUUAAACUCUUUUUCUGUGUAAAUACCAGCAAUUUUUUUGAACUCAUGGGCAACCACAUCUUUCCUAACAUGGCUGCAUGCUCCUUUCACAUUAUUAGCCAAGUGAUAUAUGCAAUAUCCAUGGAUCGCCAAUGGGUAGAUCUCGUGUACUGUCUUGAUGAUGCUUUGGUUUCUAUCAGUGCAGAAUACAAGUUGGGGAUCAUCUGGUAUCAAGGUUUUCAAUGUAGUCAAAAACCAACUCCAAUUUGCAUUUUUUUCACCAUCUACUACAGCAAAAGCGAGGGGAUAAUGAUGAUGAUCUGGAUCUUGAGCAGUGGCAAUAAGAAGCACUCCUUUAUACACACCUUUCAGAUGAGUUCCAUCCAUAAUUAUCACUUUCCGCAUGGAAUUAAACCCUUCAAUGCAAGCUCCGAGCGCGAAGAACACAUACUAAAACUGGUUCUUCUCAUCCACUACUAAGCGGGUGACAGUACGAGGAUUCAACAUUUCCAACAUGUACAAGUAAGACGGCAGUCUAGCAAAGCUCUCUGUUGGGUUCCCACGCAGAUCAUUGAUAGCUUUGUAUUUUCCUCUCCAAGCCGUAGCAUAUGAAACCCUAACACCCAAUUUGUUCUCAACCAAAUCUAUGAGAUCCUUUGGUGCUGGAGUCUUGUAUUUUCCUGGAUAAUCAGCUUGCAACACAGAUGCGACCAAGCUUGGUGUGCCUCUUUUCCCCUUCUUGGUUGCACUUCCCUCUAUCCUAACGCAAGUAUUCAUCUUCCGAUACGUCCUUAUAGUGAAAAAAUCCGAGUUUUUCAGCUUUGCAGCACGUAAAUACCAUUUGCAACCAACCCCACGACACUUUAAUACGUAAACUCGAGGCAUCGACUUCACUAUAUCAACCUCAAAACAAUUCUUAUGCACAGCUUUGUCCACUAAAUCUCUCACUUCAUUCUUAGUUUCAAAUUCUUGGUGCAAAGCCAUGUCAAUACCGUCAUCCCACUCGAAAUGUACAACUGGUGUUUCAGCUGGUUUAACAACCGCCAACUUCUCCAUAUCAUCUCUUUCAGUACCCACUUCAUCGCCUUUCUCAUUCUCAUCCUCUUGAAUAUGAGGAAUAGUCGUCAACUCCUUAAGACCAACCAUAUCAUCAUUUGCUCUUGCAUCACUAAUAAUUUCCUCAUCCCUAGAAAACAUCUCGUUACUUUGGUUUUGUGAGACAUAUUCUAUGAGCUCCACGUGCAAGACAGUACGCCUCUGAUUUUUUUCGACUUCCAAUAAAUAUCCUAAAACAUCUUCAUCAUCGAAGAUGUAACAUGGCCUCUUAUCAUCCAUUCCAAACGGAAAGUAACUCAGCUGAAUCUUGGACGAAGCUACAUCAAUCUUCAUUUUCCUGCAUACUCUAUCAACCAACUGAGAGUAAGUCACCUCCUCAUCACUUCUCAUCGUAAACACUAAAGUAGAAAUAUGUCGGUCUUUCCGCUU